GAAGGAAGCCCAGCCUGAAAAGACCGCCUCGAUUAAAAGUGGAGACGUUACCUGAAGUGUCCACCUCCAUCACUGUGAUCAUGAGUUUCUCCCCCUGUCCACCCGGUCCCUUCGGAUGCACCAGUAUUCAGGAGCAGAGGGAACGCUGGGAGAGAAAACGCAGCCGGACAGCUAGAGAGCUGGUGCAGACAGAACAACGCUACUGCCAACAGCUGGAGCUGGUCACCACUUACUUUGUGGAGAUCUUGAAGGCCAAAGGAACCCUGAGGCAGGACAUUAGAGAAAGCAUCUUCAGUUCAAUUAAAGCCAUUCAUUCAGCAAACCAAUCUCUGCUGGUCCACUUGGAGAAUGACUACUUUGGCCGAGGCUUCGACCAGUUCUGUCCACAUCUCCACCACUACAACAUGUAUGUGGACAACAUCUAUAAUGCCAGCAAAGUGCUUGGGAUCCAGCUGAAGAAAAACAAGGCCUUCAGACGUUUUAAGACGCUACAGGAAGCCCGACCGGAGUUCAACAACCAUAAGCUUGAAGAUUUGCUUCAACUUCCCAUUCAGCGAAUUGAUCAGUAUAAACAUUUCCUACAGGAUCUGGCUGCAAACACAAGUCCAGACAACCUGGAGUUUCAGCAGAUUUCAAGGGCUGUGACUGCAAUAUGCGGGCUGUCUGAGCGAAUCCAGGACAAUAUCCGGUGCCAUGAGAACCACCUGCAGCUUUGCAGAGUGCAGAGACUGCUGAAAGGGCGAAAGACGAAGGUGUUGGCUGCAGGGAGGUGGUACAUCCGUGAGGGCUGGCUGAAGAUGGUUCCUCCUAAAGGUGCAGACGCUAAGCCCAAGAUGUUCUUCCUGUUCUCUGACAUGCUGUUGCAGGCCAAGCGCUGCAGCCCACUGCAUCCCACCAACGGAGACAAAUUUGCCGGCCAGCACGCCUACCCCCUGAAGGACUGUACCGUGGAGAAGGUGUUUGGCCACACCAGGAGCCAGGGAGGCCUGCUCAGCGCCUGUCUGUCUCUCAGACAGCCUCUCAGCAUUGAUCAGCCAGGCCUCAGUAACUCCACUCUCAGCUCGCCUGGCCCCGGCUCCCUGGAGGAGGGUCCGGGUCAGCCCUGCUAUGCGGAGGGGCCAGCUAUGCUGAGGGCCCCCAACCCCAGUCUCAGGAAGCUGCAGUCUAAGACUGUAGUCCAUCAAAGAGACGAGUUGUGCCGGAGACCUCUCCGCUCAGCCUCCGACAACCACAACACACCCAGCAGCAGCAGCAGCGACCCUAGCAGGAAGAGGAACAUGGUGAGCACUGAGACCGGUGAGCAUGCUCAGAAGCUGCCAGCCGAGUGGGGGGGCAGCACCCCCAAAAAGAUGAAGCAUUCGGACACUCCAGAGCAGAGUGUGGAGGAAUCCACUUCCAGUUGUGUGAUCCUCUGAAGGAUUUGAUGGUGGAUCCUGCAUGGCCUGUCUGAGAGUUUAACUUCAGACAGACUGUGGUGUUCCAGUUUUGCCAAAUCUGUCAACUGAUCUGUGCAACUUCUUUAUUCCCGUGCCUUGCAACACAAAGUCAAGAGAGGUUUGCAUUCUUACUAACAGCAGCUUCAGCUUCUGCUCAUCCUGUGCAAUAUAAACUGUUUAUCUGCUGCUUUAAAGACCAAAGAUGAGAUGAAUGUGUAACUUUGAGCAGUAUGUGGUUUUUGCUGCUGGUCUCCAGCAAAGAUUGAUCUACUUACACUGUUUACACCAACACUGUAUUCGUCAGCUCACUUCCACCAGUCAGCAUUUUCCACUGUGUUUACAUGCAGACUUCAGAGAGGAGGAACAGAGAGGAGGCAAUAAGAUCUACUUGGAUAGGCACUAACAUAAAUUGUACAGCGGGGGACGUGAACCUGUAGUAUCCACUUACAGAACAGGAGCAUUCACACCUCUUAUUCUGUCCAAUCAGCUAUUUAAAAAAGGAGUGAUCACUUUCACUUCUUAACAAGCAAUCAUAUUACAUCAACACUGCAGUAGGUAACUUUUAUAAAAAUA